AUGCUGAUUAAAAGAAGUACUGCACUUUUGUGGGACCGCGAGUUAGCCAUGAGAAUCGCCCAGAGUGAGGCGGAGCUUAUCACAGAGGAGGGACAGCUGGACCCGAGUCUGCGCAGGGGGGCGCAGGUGCAGGCCACAAAGGCGACUGCUGGUGUGAAAAAGUACGACCUGAGCAAGUGGAAGUACGCAGAGCUCCGAGACGUCAUCAAUACUUCAUGUGACAUUGAGCUGCUGGCUGCAUGCAGAGAGGAGUUCCACCGGCGUCUGAAGGUGUAUCACGCCUGGAAAGCCAAAAACAAGAAACGCACUGAUGAUGACAGCAACCAAAGAGCUCCCAAAUCUGUCACAGACUAUGCUGAACAGAAUCCAGCUCCUCCAGCCGCUCAGCAUCAGGAGGUGGCCAUGAACAGACAGCAGAGGUACUUCCGCAUCCCCUUCAUUCGGCCCGCAGACCAGUACAAAGACCCCCAGAACAAGAAGAAGGGCUGGUGGUACGCACACUUUGACGGGCCCUGGAUCGCACGCCAGGUGGAGCUGCACCCUGACAAGAGACCCAUAGUCCUGGUCGCAGGGAAAGACGAUAUGGAGAUGUGUGAGCUGAGUCUGGAGGAGACAGGACUGACCAGGAAGAGAGGAGCCGAGAUCCUGCCACGACAGUUUGAGGAGAUCUGGGAACGCUGUGAUGGAAUUCAGUACCUUAAAAAGGCCAUUGAGAACAAGCAGGCACGGCCCACAUACGCUACAGCCAUGCUUCAGAGCAUGCUCAAGUAAUGCACCUGCCCUGGGCCCUCUACUGCCCCCUACAGCACGUUUUUCAUAAUGUCAUUUUUAUCACUGAUGUUGUUUUGCUCUUCAUGGCCUUAACUAUGUUCUGUUUUUGUUUUGUUUUUUACCUUAAGUUAGUGUGGCCUUUAGUCUGUUAAGAUUUAAGAACAAUCAAGAAGUGAAAACAAUCCAUAUUUCUGAGUACAAAAUAUAGAUGCUUAUGAAAUAUCAAAUGAAGUAAUUAUUUACUUUUUUCAGUUCAAAACUUAAAAGGAGACAGAUAACAGACUAAACCUUAUAUAUUCAAUUUUUAAUAUUUAUUUUAAUAAUUUGUUGCCAUGCAUUAGACAAUUCCACUGUACAACCCUCACAAAUGGAUGUUGUACUUUCCAUGUAGAACUGUUUUGUAGAAGAUUAUUGCAGUUAUGAUUUGCAGUUUUGUGAAUUUCGUGUUCUUCAAUACCAGUGGAUGAGUGUGUGUAUUGUUAAGCAGGAUGUUUAUAAACCUUUUGUUCUUCUGUUUCAUGAUGGCCUUCACUCACCAAGAGAAAAUAAACCCUCAAGACAGGCUCUUGGCUUAUUUACUGUGUUUCAAAUGGUACUGUAUUAUGUAGUCACACACACACAAGGCUACCAAAAUGACAAUACAAGUAUGUUUGAUUUUAAUUUAUUUAAUGGAUUUUAACAUUUUCAUUUUA